AUGACCGCGCUCGGCUUCCCCGUCUUCCGCUACCGGCUGGCGGCCUUCACUAUCGCCGGCGCGCUGGGCGGCCUCUCGGGCAUUCUGCUGGCCAACGAAGGCGCCUACAUCUCGCCCGCCAUGAUGUCGUGGAUGAAGUCGGGCGACCUCAUCGUCAUCAUCGUGCUGGGCGGCAUGGGCACGCUGUUCGGCCCGCUCUACGGCACCAUCGCCUUCUUCGUGCUGGAGGAAGCGCUGCCGCCGAUCCUCAACCUCGCCCACAAAGGGUUGGGGCGAAUACUGGAUGAUCGUGUUCGGCCCGCUGCUGGUCCUGAUCGCGCUCUACGCCCGCGGCGGCAUCGACUCGCUCUUCGGGCGCCGCCAUGA